CCCAAACACAUGUACUGUGCGACAUGAGUCUGCUUGCUUGUGUCAUGCCUGCAAUGUUCUCCCGGGGUAGUGCAAGAAUUCCAUCCGACCUACUAACAAACAAACGUGACUUCAUUACAUGCGUAGCUGCUCAAGUGCUUGAGAAUAGAAAUUAGAAUGCCAGCCCAUAUCCGAUGACCUGAUUCUCUCAAAACCUGGCCGUCCUCUGCCAAAGACCUGGUCUCUCUGUUGGUCACAAGAGGCGCCAAAAUCCCAUGCUUCUUGCCCAUCUACUCGCUUAUGUUGAACUCUGUCGUCCCCCGGAACGUUCUAGACACGCGUACUGCGCCAUCAGUUCCUUCGUGCCUCAUCGCCCCUCGAUAUACGACGAGCUUCCACGUGCCGGGCCCCGGGAAGGAUAUGUCCCGCCAUAUGUACUCGGUGCCUGGGGAGAUGAUGUCCGGCUCUUUGACCACUUUAUCGCCUUGGCGAUCUGCGGUUACGGGAAGGUGGGUUUUCGUCAUGUAAAGCUCCGGUACUGUUUUCCUGUAGAAGUCUGCUAUGCGGGUGUCGAACUUUAUGCUGACACUGAAUUGCUCUGCAGUUGUGUGGGGCGACUUGUCCCAGACGAGGAUGUUGUCCCCGGAGAAAGUCUCUUGGCCGCCAUUACUUGGUGUCAUGGCAGCACUCUGGUCUGGGGGCAUCACGUAUGGACUAUAUGGCGUGGAAUGCUCUCCGGAAUUGACAAGCCGAGUGGAGGAAGUAUAGUGCUAACCUCAGGCAUCGAGCCAGGCAUUGUCUUUCAUUAUGACCUUGCCCGUGAAGUAAGGUCACUUGACCUACGACCAACAUGAGCUUCUGCCAUCUUGUGCAUUUCCUGCUGAUGCCUAGUGAUAGUGUCCCGACUCAUGAUUUGACGGUGCAGUCGUGAUAUCCCCCCAUUGCGCUGGCAAUUGCCUCGUUGGCGAACAGCCGGGCGAAUAAGACAAUACAUGAUCUUGAGCUUACCCCCGGGAAGUGACGAAUCACGAGUGCAGCAGUACAAGUGUGCUGCAACAGCACGCCAA